AAUCCAGUGACAAACACUAUGCCGCAACUUGGUAUCGAACUUUCUGCAAUUCUGGAAGCAAUUAGGGUUCUCAAAAACGAAAGGCUUCCUCUCAUCAGUUCGUUGUUUUUCGCUGGAUCGAAGCCCUUUGUUUCGGUUAACUUGAUGUUCGCUGAAGCAAAAAUUGGGGAAGAAAAGGAGGGCUUUUCUGUUUGUUAAUCUCGGAUGCGAUCUUCUUCUUGAACUACGACCAAGGGAUUCGAUUUUCUACACAGCUAAGGGCAAGUUCGAAGCUACGAACAACAGAGCACUAAAUCAAAGCCGACGGUGUGUCUCCUUCGCCCUUCCCCUCUGCAAUCUCUCUAGUUUCUGUAAGUUUUGUAAUGCAUAUAUAAUUCUAUCGAGGACGUCGCGUGGAGUCUAAUUUCAGGCAGUUGUUUUGUUAGCAAAAAUGGAUCUAUAUGCAACCAAUCCCGGUCCAAUUGAUGAUUCUGUUUUGUAUGACCAAGAUAAGCAUGUUUCUUCUGCUGUUUGGGAGGGCCAGGAGCGUGGUGCACUUAGAUGUCAUGAACACACUUCAAAACUUGAUCAAUGGAUGCUGACAUCAAAACAGGUUGAGUUGAUAAAUAAAGCGGGAUUUGGGUACUUAAGGUUGAUACCAGCAAUUAGUCUAGACAACCCCCUCAUAUCUGCUCUGGUUGAGAGGUGGAGGAAGGAAACUAAUACUUUCCAUUUCACUGUUGGGGAAAUGACAGUGACUCUUGAAGAUGUUGCAUACUUGCUUGGACUAGCAAUCGAUGGUGAACCUGUUAUAGGGGUAACAUAUACAGCAUGCGAAACAGUGUGUGUGAAAUAUUUAGGGAGAGCACCGGACUCUGGCUACACAAGUGGUGGGAUGGUAAAACUUAGUUGGUUGAAAGAGACCUUUUCACAGUGUCCUGAGGAUUCAUCAAUUGAAGAUAUUGAGCGCUAUACACGUGCAUACCUCCUUUACCUUGUUGGUAGCACAAUAUUUUCCACUACCACAGGUAAUAAGGUCCCUGUCAUGUACCUCCCUUUGUUUGAGAAUUUCAACCAAGCUGGGAAGUAUGCAUGGGGUGCAGCUGCAUUAUCGUUCUUGUACAGAGCACUUGGCAAUGCCUCCCUUAAAUCUCAGAGCACGAUUAGUGGCUGUUUAACACUACUACAGUGUUGGAGUUACUAUCACCUGAAUGUUGGUCGGCCAAGGCUUAACCAUGAUCCAGUACAUGAUUCUUUUCCAUUUGUACUUAGAUGGAAAGGGAAACAGAGUGGUCCUACAGCAAAUCGUGAUGUGGCAUUUUAUCGCAAGGCAUUGGACAGCCUAAACCCAUCUGAUGUUGAGUGGUGUCCUUACACAAAUAUUAAUCCUAAUCUUGUACCAGAAGAAACACAAAAUAAUCUCAUUCUUGGGAGGUCAAAGACUAUGUUGAUUUGUUUUGACAAAGCAGAAAGGCACCUCCCUGAUCGUUGCCUCAGACAAUUCGGCCUACAACAACCAAUCCCAGAAGAUGUGCCACGGUGGGAGAGGAAGAGCCGUGGAGUAGAUGGUGGCAUAGACUUGUCAUCAAAAAUGGAAUCGGAGCUCAAUGAAUGGUCAGAUCGCCGACUUCAUAUGGUGGAUGGUGAUGAAGAUGUAGACGAAAGUGAGUACAUGCAAUGGUACUUGAGAAUUACUAGGAAGUUGGUUGGAAGGCCAAUUCCUAUCUCAUCUGAGUUCCAGAGAAUGAAUGCUGCAUUGAGGGACAUUGCUCAUAUAGCAGAUACACUUCCUACACAUGGAAUGGAUGAGCAACAGAUAUAUUCAGUCUCAAGAAUCAGAUAUAUUGUGCAUGAAUGUUUGAGGGAUCAAGUUGGAAGCUCAAUGAUAAUGGUAUCUAGCCCACAAGAUGAACUUGGGAAAAGGGUUAGGGGGAAGGAGAGGGUAAGAAGGAAGGGAAUGGGGAAACGUAAAAGGCGGGAUGACCCUGAAGGUAACAUGGAUGGUGGGGAUAUUCAGUCCCCGUUAUGUGUCACAUCUGUUGGACUCGAUUCGGCUGAGGUUGAUCAGUCACAGCUAUGUCAUAUGGACAGUGAAGUAGAUCAUUCACAGCUAUGUCUUCCAGCUCCUGAUGGUGCUGGUGUCCAACUAUGUCAUCAAGCCAGCAUGGUUGAUGACUCACAGCUUUGUCAUGUAGCCGGUGAGGUUGAUGACUUGCACUUCCAGCAUGCAACUGAUGAAGCUGGUCACCACCAACUUACCCAUGCAACUGGCGAGCAUGGUUCACGACCAUCUCAUGCAGCUAUUGAGGUUGUUCCACAGUCAUCUCUUGAAACUAGCAAGGAAGUUGCUCAGCAGAAUGAUUACAGUGUUCUAGUUUAGUUUAUGAAGGCAGCUAUUCAAUUUUGUAGAGUUCAUUCUUUCGGGCAUAAUGUAAGAGGCUGUGCAGUUUAACAUAGUUAAUGCUGGCGAAAUGUCAAUAAGAUUGCCAGGCGUGCCUAGAGAACCAAAGCGCUCUUCCCUCUGAACUUGGCUGUAAGUUAUUAGCCAGCUACUGCUGCGCAAGUCAGUUUUCUUUCUUCAGUUGUCCUUGUAACUAUUUCCCGUCUAGGAUUUCAAACAGCCUAUGUACCCAUGCUGUUCUUUAUGGCUUUGUUUUAGUUUUUCAUCUUAUUUGUAACUUUCAUUGUUGGAGCAUAUGCUUAUUAUUCACCUUAUAGAAGAUAUGGUAUUGGAUGGAGAUGAUUGACAAGUUAAGAGUUUAUGUAGUCAACCCCACAAAGUGGGAUUAAAGCUUGGUAGCUGUAUUCUUGUCGUUGAAGCAAUGUUUUUUAGAUGUGUAGAUAUAUAUAUAUAUAUAUACACACAUACACUCUUA